AUGUCUGACGUUGAAGAAAUUGUCGAAGUUCAAGAAGAAGUUGUCGUUGAACAAUCCGCUGAAGUUACCAUCGAAGAUGCUUUGAAGGUUGUCUUGAGAACCGCUUUGAUCCACGAUGGUUUGGCUAGAGGUUUGAGAGAAUCUACCAAGGCUUUGACCAAGGGUCAAGCUCAAUUAGUUGUCUUGGUCAGCUCUGUUACUGAAGACAACAUCAUCAAGUUAGUUGAAGGUUUGGCUAAUGACUCCGAACACAAGGUUCCAUUGAUUAAGGUUGCCGACGCCAAGCAAUUAGGUGAAUGGGCCGGUUUAGGUAAGGUCGACCGUGAAGGUAACGUCAGAAAGGUCGUCGGUGCCUCUGUCGUCGUUGUUACUAACUGGGGUGCUGCCACUGAUGAACGUAACAUGAUCUUAGAACACUUCUCUCAACAAUAA